UCUCCCCAUUGCAGCGUGCAGCAAGGUCAUCCGCCCGAUCGGCAUUCGAACAGCAUCUAGCCCAUUCACCUGCAGACCAGGGAAUUUUCACCCCGUGGUGGGCAGUUAGUUUGCUUUUGUUACAAAAGGAACAAAUAAUAAAGGUAUUUGUAUAGCGGGGCAGUGACGGCCGGAGUCAGUGACGUACUGGUUGCCCACACCCGCUUUUUCUCACCGGCACCUGCGCUGCUCUUCUCCCCCACCCUUUCAAACACAAGUUAUCUCUUUGCCUCUCCUCUUCUCUCCAUUACUCCAUUCUUUCUUCUCCAGCUUUUGUUUUUUAAAAACCUUCUUGUUCAGCUGUUGCUCACCCCGAACAAUUGCUGAACACCCUCCCCCCACAUAAUCCCAUCGCACGAUGGCUCCUCCCCAAGCUCCCGUGCAGCCGCCCAAGAGACGCCGUAUCGGUGUCUUGACCUCUGGUGGCGAUGCUCCCGGUAUGAACGGUGUCGUCCGGGCGGUCGUCCGGAUGGCCAUCCACUCCGACUGUGAGGCCUUCGCCGUCUACGAAGGUUACGAGGGUCUCGUCAAUGGCGGCGACAUGAUCCGUCAGCUUCACUGGGAGGAUGUCCGCGGCUGGUUGUCCCGCGGUGGUACCUUGAUCGGUUCCGCCCGCUGCAUGACCUUCCGUGAGCGCCCCGGUCGUCUGCGCGCUGCCAAGAACAUGGUCCUGCGUGGCAUUGACGCCCUCGUCGUCUGUGGUGGUGAUGGCAGUUUGACUGGUGCCGACCUGUUCCGUUCCGAAUGGCCCGGUCUGUUGAAGGAAUUGGUCGAGACGGGCGAAUUGACCGAAGAGCAGGUCAAGCCAUACCAGAUUCUGAACAUCGUCGGGUUGGUGGGUUCGAUCGAUAACGACAUGUCCGGCACCGACGCUACCAUCGGUUGCUACUCCUCCCUCACUCGUAUUUGUGACGCCGUCGACGAUGUCUUCGAUACUGCCUUUUCCCACCAGCGUGGAUUCGUCAUUGAGGUCAUGGGUCGUCACUGCGGUUGGCUGGCCUUGAUGUCCGCUAUCAGUACCGGUGCCGACUGGCUGUUCGUGCCCGAAAUGCCGCCCAAGGACGGAUGGGAGGAUGACAUGUGUGCUAUCAUCACCAAGAACAGAAAGGAGCGUGGAAAGCGCAGGACGAUCGUCAUCGUCGCCGAAGGUGCCCAGGAUCGCCAUCUCAACAAGAUUUCGAGCUCGAAGAUUAAGGAUAUUCUGACGGAGCGGUUGAACCUGGAUACCCGUGUGACUGUGUUGGGUCACACUCAGAGAGGUGGUGCCGCCUGUGCCUACGACCGCUGGCUGUCCACGUUGCAGGGUGUUGAGGCUGUCCGCGCGGUGCUGGACAUGCAGCCCGGGGCCCCGUCCCCGGUCAUCACCAUCCGCGAGAACAAGAUCCUGCGCAUGCCGUUGAUGGACGCUGUACAGCACACCAAGACGGUCACCAAGCACAUCCAGAACAAGGAGUUCGCCGAAGCUAUGGCCCUCCGUGAUUCGGAAUUCAAGGAGUACCACUACUCAUACAUUAACACCUCCACGCCCGACCACCCGAAGCUGCUCCUCCCAGAGAACAAGAGAAUGCGCAUCGGUAUUAUCCACGUUGGCGCCCCCGCCGGUGGUAUGAACCAGGCUACCCGCGCCGCCGUUGCCUACUGCCUGACUCGCGGCCACACCCCCCUGGCUAUUCACAACGGUUUCCCCGGCCUCUGCCGGCACUAUGAUGACACUCCCAUCUGCUCUGUGCGCGAGGUGGCUUGGCAGGAAUCGGACAGCUGGGUCAACGAGGGUGGUUCGGAUAUCGGUACCAACCGUGGUCUGCCCGGCGAUGACCUCGCGACGACGGCCAAGAGCUUCAAGAAGUUCGGCUUCGACGCGCUGUUCGUGGUGGGUGGAUUCGAGGCGUUCACUGCCGUCAGCCAGCUUCGCCAGGCGCGCGAGAAGUACCCCGAGUUCAAGAUCCCCAUGACCGUGCUGCCGGCGACUAUUUCCAACAACGUGCCGGGCACAGAAUACUCGCUGGGUAGCGACACCUGCCUUAACACACUCAUCGACUUCUGCGACGCCAUCCGCCAGUCGGCCUCGUCUUCUCGUCGCCGUGUGUUCGUCAUCGAGACACAGGGUGGCAAGUCGGGUUACAUCGCCACGACGGCUGGUCUGUCCGUGGGCGCGGUGGCCGUGUACAUUCCCGAGGAGGGCAUCGACAUUAAGAUGCUGGCCCGCGACAUCGACUUCCUGCGUGACAACUUUGCGCGCGACAAGGGAGCGAACCGCGCGGGUAAGAUUAUCCUGCGCAACGAGUGCGCGUCCAGCACGUACACGACGCAGGUGGUGGCCGACAUGAUCAAGGAGGAGGCCAAGGGACGCUUUGAGAGCCGUGCGGCGGUGCCGGGACACUUCCAGCAGGGUGGCAAGCCGUCGCCGAUGGACCGUAUCCGCGCGCUGCGGAUGGCCACCAAGUGUAUGCUGCACCUGGAGAGCUAUGCAGGCAAGUCUGCGGAUGAGAUCGCUGCUGAUGAGUUGUCUGCGUCGGUCAUUGGCAUCAAGGGCUCGCAGGUGUUGUUCUCGCCGAUGGGCGGAGAAAACGGACUGGAAGCGACCGAGACGGAUUGGGCUCGCCGCCGGCCCAAGACGGAGUUCUGGCUGGAGCUGCAGGACACGGUGAACAUUCUGUCUGGCCGGGCGAGUGUGAACAAUGCGACGUGGAGUUGCUACGAGAAUGUUUAGCGCAGUAAGCAGCGAUAAACGCCUAGACAUAGAGUCAGGCUAUGAUGAUGAAAGGUUAUGAGCAUACCGAUUAAGUACAAUACAAAGUAACAUUUGAAUAAUAG